AAGAAUGGCUUUCAUACAUUCAAAAGCAAAGUCCAAGCUUUGCCUUUUCCAGACUCUGUACUUCUCAUGUUCUCUAAAAUAGGAAUCCAGAAGAAGAUUGAUCAUUACUUGCAGCUCUAAAAACUAUGGAUCAGCACUCUGAAGAUACUAUUCCACUGUCUUCUGCCUUCUAUUGUUGCUCUUGGGGAAUCUGCCAUCUGUCUCAUUGUUGUUCCCUUUACGUGCUUUCACGGUGUGCAAAUAAGAACUUUUCUCUUAAAAAGGACACUUAUGAAAUAGAAAUAUGUCAAUGGGAGAUGAGUGACAAGCUUGAAAACUGUGAUCUUAAAGUAGCCAGUUCUAGAGAUUAUUUGGAGGUCAAAGGCUCAUUGGCAAAUAAGCAAGAUAAUCAGGAAUAUUUCAGACAAGGGAUGAUUAUUCUUGAAACAAUGUCUAUUUUCAACCAGCGUACUUACCUAACUCAGCAUUCUAGAUGUCAUUCUACUGAGAAGCCCUAUAAUUGUAAGGAGUGUGGAAAGGCUUUUAGACGAGCCUCACACCUGACUCAGCAUCAAAGUAUUCACACUGGUGAGAAACCAUAUUCAUGUAAGCAGUGUGGGAAGGCUUUUAGUCGUGAUUCACAGCUCAUUCUUCAUCAGAGACUUCAUACUGGUGAGAAACCAUAUGCAUGCAAGGAGUGUGGGAAGGCAUUUACACAGAGCUCACAACUUAUUUUACAUCAUAGAAUUCAUACUGGUGAAAAACCAUAUAAAUGUGAAGAAUGUGGGAAAGCUUUUAUUCGUAGCUCACAACUCACACGACAUCAAAAAGUACAUACUGGCGAGAAACCUUAUGAAUGUAAAGAAUGUGGGAAGGCUUUUACACAGAACUCACAACUUAAUCUGCACCAGCGACUUCAUACUGGUGAGAAACUCUAUGAAUGUAAAGAAUGUAGGAAGGUUUUUACUCAGCUUUCUCAACUUAUUCUGCAUAAAAGAAUUCAUACCGGUGAAAAACCCUAUGAAUGUAAAGAAUGUGGGAAAGCUUUCAUUUGUGGUUCACAGCUUUCUCAACAUCAGAAAAUUCAUAAUGGGGAAAAACCAUAUGAAUGUACAGAGUGUGGAAAGGCCUUUAUUCGUGGCUCAUUACUUAUGCAACAUCAAAGGAUCCAUACUGGUGAAAAGCCCUAUAAGUGUGAAGAAUGUGGGAAAGCCUUUAUCCGUGGCUCACAGCUUACUCAACACCAGAGAAUUCAUACCAAUGAGAAACCUUAUGAAUGUAAGGAAUGUGGAAAAACAUUUAGUCAUGGCUCACAACUUACUCAACAUCAGAGAAUACAUACUGGUGAAAAGCCCUAUUUGUGUAAGGAAUGUGGAAAGGCCUUUAAUCGUGGCUCACUCCUUACUCGACACCAGAGGAUUCAUACCGGUGAGAAACCCUAUGAAUGUAAAGAAUGUGGAAAGACCUUUAGUCGUGGCUCAGAACUCACACAACACGAGAGAAUUCACACAGGUGAGAAACCCUAUGAAUGUAAGGAAUGUGGGAAGUCGUUUAUUCGUGGCUCACAGCUUACGCAACAUCAGAGAAUUCAUACCGGUGAGAAACCUUAUGAAUGUAAAGAAUGUAGAAUGGCCUUUACUCAGAGUUCACAUCUUUCUCAGCAUCAGAGACUUCAUACUGGUGAGAGACCCUAUGUAUGUAAUGAAUGUGGGAAGGCUUUUGCUCGGGGCUUACUACUUAUACAACAUCAGAGAAUUCAUACAGGUGAGAAACCUUAUCAGUGUAAAGAAUGUGGGAAGGCCUUUAUUCGUGGGUCACAACUUAAUCAGCAUCAACGAAUUCACACUGGAGAAAAGCCCUAUGAAUGCAAGGAAUGUGGAAAGGCCUUUAGUCAUGGCUCUCAGCUAACUUUACAUCAGAGAAUCCAUACAGGCGAAAAACCUUAUGAAUGCAAAGAAUGUAGGAAAGCCUUUACUCAGAGCUCACAUCUUUCUCGACAUCAAAGAAUUCACACUGGUGAGAAACCAUAUCAAUGUAAGGAGUGUGGGAAGGCCUUUACUCGUGGUUCACAACUAAUUCAACAUCAGAGAAUUCAUAUCAGCGAGAAAUCUUUUGGAUAUAAGGAAUGUGGGAUAGACUUUACUCAUGGCUCACAAGUUUUUAUAUGAAUGAUCUGAUUUUCUGUGAUUAAGAGAGAGCCUUCUUUAGUCAUUAUCCUAUUAUCAGUGUCUUAAAAUGUAAACAUGGAGGUAUGUUUGAAAAAGUUCAGCAUCAAUAAAGUGGGAGAAAAAUGUUAAUGUAAUUUAUCAGAAAAUCCUGUUGUUGCAGGAAGCUGGUUAAACUUUAAAAUAGUUUAAAAUAGGGAGUAAUUUUGUUAGUGUAGUAAGUAUAGGAAAGUCUUUAGCUUAGCAUGUCUUUUUUAUAAAAUUACUGUCAUUUGCUUUCCUUUGUAAAAAUUUUUGUUUUGUUUUCCUAUUCAUCAUAAUUAUUGACCUCUUGUUUGGUUUAAUUGUUUGUAAGAUAGACCUAACUAAGAUUCUUAGAAGUACAUGUAAAGCCUUAGAACAGUGCCUUGAACAUAACACUUCCCAAAUAUUAGCUCUUAUGGUCACAUUAGAAUGUUUGUAUAAGGUGGAUAUUUACAAAUAUUGAGAAAUGGACAUUUCUUAAUAAUGCAUAUUGAAAUAUCUGUCAUUAACUCUUAACCCUGAUUAUUUUUAUGAGGGUCACUGUCAUAUAAUAAAUGUGAGAAACCUUUCAACCACAUAUCUUAUAUACUGUAAGAGGAGUUCUUACUGUAAAAAGAAUUGUAGAUUAGUUAGUAGAUUGUUGAAGAGUUGUAAAGUGAAUUGUAGUGAAGUUGAUAAUUUUAUGUUUAUCACUGACCAGAGUUCAGAGACUUUUUUUUAGAAGUUCUAAAAAUGGAUCAAGACCAAGAUGUACCUCUGCAUCUCUCCUCACACUUGAGACCCUAUUUUCUGAUAUUCAGCAACAACUGUGCAAUAAGGCCAGAGGGAUGGUACAGAGGGUAGGGUACUUGCGUUGCAUGUGGCCAACUCAGGUUCAUUCCCUGACA